AUGGCAGGAGAUACCUUAUAUGAUGAGGACUUAGUAUCCAAGCUGAAUGAACUGGGUGAAGACAAAAGGAGAGCCGAGUACGUCUUGAUAGACAGAAUAAAACCGCCUGUGGUAAAGAACUAUAUAGUGCAAAGUGGGAAAGACGUUGAAAAUCGAGAAACGGUCAGUGAAAUUGGAAUAUUUGCUGCAAUUAUAAGUCAAGGUGAAAAUCUGCUCAUUAACAGUACAUGUGGUCAUAUCCUGAAAACAAAGACAAAAUCUUAUAAAGAAGGAGGUGCUAGUGUUGACAAUGCAUUCGAAUAUAUUGAUAGUCCAUUUCUUCUUGAUGAUUUAGAUGGUUUGAAUAUCAUUCACGUAAGCGGCACAAAAGGCAAAGGGUCCGUGUCUGCUUUCUGUGAAAGUAUAUUACGAGCAAAUGAUUUAAAAACUGGAUUUUUAAGCUCCCCGGCUUUGAUAGAACACCGUGAGAGAAUACGUAUCAAUGGUUUACCUUUGACAAGGGAAGAGUUCAUUGAAUAUUUCUUCCAUGUGUACAAAAAAGUAGACAAUCCGCAGAUUUUAAAUGGGCAAAGACUCAUAGCGAUGACUGCAUUUCAUGCGUUUAUACAAAAAAGGGUUGAUGUUGUUAUUAUGGAAGUUGGUAUUGGUGGGACAUAUGACUACACUAACGUCAUUCGACGUCCUGUAGUAACUGGCAUAAACCUCAUUGAUUUCGAUCACACAAAGUACUUGGGGGACACUCUAGAUAAAAUAGCUUGGCAUAAAGCAGGUAUAUGCAAGCCUGGUAGACCAGCGUUCACAAUAACACAAUCUAAGGAGGCCAUGGACACCAUACUCUCUAGAGCCAAAGAGCUAAAAGCACCGAUCCAGCUUGUACCUGAAUUGGAUGAAUACGACUGGCAAGGGCAUCCAAUGAAGCUUGGUAUAGCAGGAGAUCAUCAGAAACGCAAUGCAUCUUUAGCAAUACAGUUAUGUAGAGCGUGGAUGGAAGAGCAUACAUUAAGCAACACCAGUUUUGAAAAUAUAAAGACCAAUGACACUUUGAAACAUAGUUACCCAACAGCUCCAGCAUUCAAGUUAUCAGAUGCAUUUAUAGUCGGUCUUCGAAACUGUCAGUGGCCAGGACGUACACAGAUUAUAAAACGUGAAAACGUGACGUACUAUUUAGAUGGUGCUCAUACACCUAUUAGUAUCAAGGCUUGUGCUGAAUGGUUUAAAAGUCGUUGUGUUAAAGUGAUGCUGUUCAAUGUUACCGGAGAUCGUGACCCAAGAGGAUUAAUAGAAAUGCUACAUCAUUGUAACUUCUCUUGUGCUACCUUCUGUCCAAAUAUCGUUGAUAUCAACUCAAAACAACCAUUAUUGGAUACAGAAUGGAAAAUAUCAUUAGAGUAUGCUAAUGAUGUGUGUGAGAAAAACAGACAAGUGUGGAAAAUUUUAGACGAGAAAGUAGAACCCGAUUCACUCUCGCCAUUACCUGCGCGUCCUCCGAGAAUUGAAUUAGAUACUGCCCCAAGAUUUGACUGUGUUAAGCAUGUUCUACAGUGGAUAUCAUGUGGCAAAGAUUCUCGUAUGUCGAAACCAAGAUCCGAAGAUCCAACACCAUUACAAAGUAUCGUGGAAGCAGACCAUGUACAGGUUCUUGUCACCGGAAGUUUACAUUUAGUUGGUUGUGUUAUCAAAGUUCUUGAACUUUAA